CAGCAGUUCUUUAGUCUUCCACAAUCGGUGCCCCUCAAUUCGACAGCGCGAGCCACACCGGACAAGACCAGAAGCUUUUGGAGCCUCUCCUUUCCCUCCCCGAGCCCAUCGGCCCCCGGGCUCUUUAAAUUUCCCUCCUGGACUGGGCCUGAGCACUGUUGUCGCAACCUCUCCCUUCUUUCUUUGUUUAUCUCGCGCCCGUCUGUUGUCGCGUUACUUCAAAUUCGGCCCCUUCGACUCCCGCGUCCACAGCUGGACCCCUCACGCACGUCGCGUGCCGACCUCGGCCAAAUCACUGCUCGUCCAACUGGUUCCGAAAAUAAACACCAAACCAAAACGCAUAACAACCGCUUGUUGCACGAGACCAGAGAUUGCCAUGUCGAAAUCCUCGCCUGCUCCCCAGCCGGAAUACAACGAGAUGGGAAUAGAUGUCUCUCGUCGCAACGUCGAGCCUCGUCCCUUGACUGACGGGGAACGCGAGAGGUUGGAGGAGUUUAUCGACUCGAUUCAUUACUCGUCACGAUACAACGACUCCGAGUACGAGUACAGACAUGUUCAACUCCCGAAAGCGAUGUUGAAAGCAAUCCCCAAGGACUAUCACGACAGCUCAAAGGGCACACUGAAGCUGCUAUGGGAGGACGAGUGGCGAGGCAUGGGCAUCACUCAGAGUCUUGGAUGGGAGCACUACGAGGUGCAUGAGCCAGAGCCGCACAUCCUGCUGUUCAAGCGCCCCUUGAACUACCAACCUCCGGCGCAGUGAUGCAUGCCACGCCCACACGACCACGAAGCUUGGGGGACUUUGUUUCCCAGGAUCCGACAAGCCUGUCAAUAUCACGCAUCCUACGACCGGCCACAUGACGAGAUCGACCAGAAAUGUACGGGUAUAAUGCAGCCACGAAUUUACGGCCUUUUCCUAAAUCGACAUCGGCGAGCGCGCGCGUUCCACUAGACUGAUGGAAGUUAUCGACUUGGGAAUCAUUCUUCAUCCUGACACCAACUGGCAUACUGCGAGGGAGAUCAUUGUUCUUUUUAAGGGGCCCGACUUUGGGACGAAAACGCAUCGGUGAGCGCGACAUUGUUUCUGCGGCAGCUUCCGUCGGCCACCCAAGACGGAUGGCGGGGGAGCAGGGGGUCGGUCCUCUCUGCCAUGGGGGAGGGGCAACCCUUACCCAACAGGAGCUCCAGGUUGUGUCGUCAGUUGGCGCAUGCAUCUUGGGGAUCAUUUUGACCACCACCGGACUGGACAUCAAGACACAAAGCCAGGAUGUACGCUACGUUUUUCGAGAAGAGUCUUGCGAUACUGCGCGGGAAGGAGAAAAAUUGGUAAGGCGGGUUGUUAGUCUAGUCGUCCAGUAUAUAACUUGACUCCCAUAUGCAGUGUCGCGGCGGAUGUACGAUGAUCAGUCGGGUUCUUGUUGGAGCUGUCCCGGGACGAUGACGGUGGUCGGGGGUUUAAUGCGUCUAAUGUGUAAUAGCCGAGCCGACUCGGGAGCUGGCGCAUGGUGUGGUGUGCCCGCAGAUGCGGCUUCUGGAUUUUCCGGGGUUCUACUGCAGCCGCCGUGACGGGAACAAGAACUUGAUUCGGCGAUGGCCGGGGCGGGCUAUUAUUAGGUGGAAGGCUGGCACUCCUGGCUCUCACACCACCAGCAGGGAGGGGGCGGCUACCGAACAGAGCCUCUUUGAGUUGACGGAAAAUGGGGCGAUUUUGCAUCACACCCAACAGCCACAAUGUCUGACAAGACGCGCCUGGGACUUGGUGGAAUACAUUUGGGCAAUGCGUUUAGCUUCGGUGACGGGAAUGGAAGCUGUACGCCAAGGAAGCUGUGGCAGUGGGACUCGGACCAGACAGCUAGCUGGCGGCGGGUUGGCUGACAACAUAGGCGAGCCCCUAAAGGAUUGACGUUUCGUGCCAUCAUCUGCUGAUUUCCCAUCUGGCCAGAUUUCAACUGCGCUCCGGGCUGAGAAAUGCCCAGGUCUGACAACAUGCGCGGCCUCCAUUGUAAACACGUACGAAUA